CUUGCAAAUGAAAACAUUCCAUAUUUUGGAUUUAUUACCAGAAGUACAAACUGUGCCGUUGUUGUCAUCAUCUUAUUUUACCCUGCAGCAAAAGGGAACUAAUGUGACUUUUUUUAAAUGUGUGUGCAGACUCAAAAAAAUGGGUUGUGAAAAAUGAAAAUGAAAAUAUGUUUUAUGAGUGUGUUUCAGACCAGCAAAUCUGUGCCAUUUGGGACACUUCUCUUCCUGCUAACGCUCAGGUGAGUCCCGCCCACCUCCUCAGAGUCGAUUGGCCGGCUCGGCUCCUUCCCGCUUCUGAUUGGUAGUUUGGCUCAAUACUUGAGCUCAGGUAAACGGUAGCAGGUAAGAACAGCGCGGAAGACUUUGCUGGACUUACUGUGUCACUGCUUUCAAGCUGCGGUAAAUAUAACUAUCCCCCGCCCCACCCCCACCCCCCCAAAAAAAACGAUAUACAUACACAUAUAUGUGUUUUUAAAAGACGAAUUUCACCUAAAGGGAACGUUUUGAAAAUGGCAGCGAGCGUAGGGCCGGUCAUGAAUCCGCCGCAAGGGAGCGACGAGCGGGUGGUUUUCACGCAGCUAAAGCCGGUGAGGAUGUCCGGAGCAGCGGAGGGUGCCGAGGACUCAUCCGUGUUUGAGGACGUUAAGCCCGGGGGGCAGUUGGAGAUGGACAAAUACCUCCCCCCCCAGAUCACCAGCUCGCUGCUGAGUCCUGCCAUCGACCUGAGUGACAAGAAGUACCGACGGGAGAGCGCCUCGGUGGUGGAUGAGUACUUCUCCGAGGACAAGCCCGGCGCCCCCUACAGCCUCAACAUCAACGUUAUCCUCCCCAGCUCCUCCCAUUUGCGCACGGGCCUCUACCGCCACAACACGAAGACCCUGCCCCCGACGCAGAUCAAGACGGAGCCCGGACUGGAGGUGCCCUGCUCCUCCGCCGGCACCCAGGCCUUGCCGGACUUCACCUCGGUGUUCAACGUACCCCCCGUGGUCAAUGGCGUUUUCAUCAAGCCGGACCUGAGCUCCGGUGGCGUCUCCCUUUCCAACACCUCCCAGCAGCAGCAGCAGCAGAGUUUGGACACGGAGCUUCACAUAGGACCGCCGGCCCCCCAGCCGCAGGUCUACCACAUGCCGGUCAACGGCACGGCGGAUCUCAACAUGACUCUGUCCCACUCCGGACCCUCGGCGUCCGGUUCUCGGACCAUGCUGAACCUCGGCGGCGUUGGCGGCUACGUGUUGGCCGAGCACCAGCUGGGGGCGCACCACGGUUAUUACCCGGCAUCCGGCGCCCAGCAUGCGGGCCCCCACAGCCUGCCGCCCUCACCGCCAAACUCGCAACCGGGCAGUCCCGAGGCUCAGGCUGAUCUGCUGUGUUUGGCGAGCCAGCCGCCGCCUCCGUACCAACAGCACGUGGUGGGUGGGAUAAAAGUAACGGGGUUGUCCCCCCACGCCAUGCUGAUGACGCACGGCCAGGGUGUCCUGACGGGGCCCAAAUACAAUCGACGGAACAACCCGGAGCUGGAGAAGAGGAGGAUUCAUUUCUGCGACUAUCCAGGCUGUACAAAAGUUUACACAAAGAGCUCGCAUCUGAAGGCGCACCAGAGGACGCACACGGGCGAGAAACCGUACCGCUGCACGUGGGACAACUGCGACUGGCGCUUCGCCCGCUCCGACGAGCUGACCCGACACUACCGCAAACACACGGGCGCCAAACCCUUCAAGUGCGUGGCCUGCAGCCGCUGCUUCUCGCGCUCGGACCACCUGGCCCUGCACAUGAAGCGCCACCAGAACUGAGAAAGCGCCCGGGGAUCCUCCGCAGGAAGUGCGGACAAGGCGGAAACAUUUUCACUGUGUUUUUCUUCUCUGGGUUCUCCAAACCACAAAACACUUUUCCGCAAGAUGUGGUCAAAAUGUUUGCCGCUUUGCAAAUUACGGGGAAAAAAAAGUUAAGCACAUGGCUGAUGGAGUGCAAAAAUAUCCGAUUCUUAUCCCAAAAAAUUCAUGGUCUUUGUCCCUUUAUUCCUGCAUCACCUUUCCACAAAUUAUUGUCCGAAUUGUUCGGGUCUGGUAUUGCACAUGCUGGAACAUUCCUCAAAUAUUUCUCAAAAUCUGUUAUGUUACAAAACGUAUGAAUCUUCCUUGGAGGAGCGAAUCAAGCAAUUUGCUUUUUGUAUUCCUCUAUAUUGUAAAGUGGCUUUUUAAAAACAUUUUAACAUUCCGUCUUCUCUAAUUCUUCCUCUCGUGAGAAAUUUCCGUACUUUCCGGGGAACAGGUGGACGCCCCCGCACCCGCUUUCAUGUAAAUAAUGUUUAUAUAUCUAUUGUGCAUAUGUGUCUGCAAGGAAAGGACAAAAAACAAUGAAUGUAUCUAGAUUUAUACUUAAUGUUUUUUUUCUCUCUCCACGUUUUGUUCAUACAAGUAGAAACUUCCCUUAAGUGCGUCAUUAUAGUAACAUAAAAUGGGACCUAGUCAUGGACUGGUUCUGCCUGUUCUGGCGCUCACGGGGCUCAAGUCGUUAGCUGUUAGCUGAUGUUUGUGUCGGUUGCUUCCAUGGCAACCAAGUAGUGUAGUCAACGAUUUUACGAUGUCAUUUUAAAAGAUCAUUUUUAAAAUUUUGUUUUCGGGCCCGCCAUUCAUCGACGUGGUGAAAUUGUCUUUUAUUUCAAUGCUAAAAUUACAUUUUUUUUCCUCAUGGCUUUGCAAGGAUUCAAGUUCUCCAAGCGCGGCGUGUAUAUAAACCAACAAAAAGUGUCAUAUGAAUUAUUUUCAAUGCUCUUGUAAAUAUUUCUCUGCUUUUUACGACGUCUCAUCAGGAUUUUAAUGUCGAAAUGGAUUUUUUGUCAAAAGCCUCAGUGGAGUUUUUAGUUUUGGUUUUUCUUUUGUCAAAAAAAUUUGCAAUGAGAUAAUUAAAAAAUUGAUAACGUGUGA